GUCUUUUGCCUAAUCUCAAAGUUCCUGAUUUUGACUUAAUCAUUCAAACUUCAAACUCUCCGAACUUUCUCUCUCGUCAAUUAUAUUCAUAGGUGCAAAUCAAUUGGACUGGUUUUAGCUGAACACCAAGCUGCUCUACCUUUAUUCCUUGAGAAGUGAAAGAAACGCGAGGGACCAUGAAUGAGGUGAGUCACCAAAGGGUCAAAACAAAUGGGAUAUGGCUGCAUAUAGCAGAGCAAGGGACAGGACCACUUGUUCUAUUGCUUCAUGGCUUCCCUGAAAUAUGGUAUUCAUGGCGCCACCAGAUCACUUUCUUGGCUAACCAUGGCUAUCAUGUAGUUGCUCCUGAUUUGAGAGGCUAUGGAGACUCUGACUCCCCACUUAGCCCAACCUCCUACACUGUUAUGCACCUUGUUGGGGACAUCAUUGGCCUGCUUGACCAUUUUGGGGAACAGCAGGCUUUUAUAGUGGGACAUGAUUGGGGAGCUGUUAUUGGCUGGCAUUUAGCACUGUUUAGACCUGAGAGAGUCAAAGGAUUGAUCAACUUAUCUGUUCCAUACUUUAGUAGAAACCCGAAUGCCAAAUUUGCUGAAUCCUUAAUCAGAACAUAUGGGGAUGGAUUUUACAUUUCCCAAUUCCAGGAACCGGGAAGAGCAGAAAGGGCAUUCGCCAGGUAUGAUUAUUUGACGGUGAUAAAGAAGUUCUUGCUGAUUACACAGACUGAUAAUCUGAUAGCUCCUCCUGGAAUGGAGAUUAUUGAUUAUCUGAGGACACUAUCAAGGUUACCACCAUGGAUUACUGAAGAGGAACUCCAGGUUUAUGCUGACAAGUUUCAGGAAUCUGGCUUCACUGGAGCUCUUAAUUACUACCGUGUUAUGGACUUGUGAGUUCUGGAAUUGGGAGCUUACUGCACCCUGGCAAGGAUAAAAAAUCACUGUGCCAGUAAAAUUCAUGGUGGGUAAAAAAGAUCUGGGAUUUGAAGUGAGUGGUGUAAGGCAAUACGUUGAGGGAAAUAUCUUUAGGAGCCUUGUUCCCAACCUGGAAAUUGUUAUCCUUGAUGGUCAUCAUUUUCUCCAACAAGAAAAACACCAAGAAGUCUCCGAGGAAAUUCUAUCGUUUCUUAGCAAAUUCCCUGCAGAAUAGUCAUUUCUCUGGUUCUUCAUCAUGAUUUUUCUGAGAAAAUAACUAGCCUGGAUAAAUAAAUGAUCAAGUUACUGACCUUGUUCAUGAAACUAUCUAGAUAUUGAGAAAAGCUUUAUUCAGACUUAAUAAAGGCCAAUGAUCUUAUGUCAUACACUAGGCAUAUGAUCAGCAAAAUACUUCAAAUUACAUUGUUUACGUUAUAUGAUAUCUAACCUUUGUUCCAGGAUACAAACUUGCUCAUAGCAGUAAAUGAUCAACGAAAUCCAUCAGGGGGACGCUGGGAAAAAAAAUAUUUAUAAAAUGAAUCUACUGUCAAAAUUCAGCUCAAGAACAGGUGGUUUAGAAUCAUCAAUAAAUUAUUGUGAUGAUCAAUGAAAAUGAAAACAUAAUAUGGGUUCAGCUGCUGCAAAUCAAUCUUUUCAAAGAACAUUUUGCUUUGUCAAGAAUCCUAAAUUGACCCUCCUUCACACAACAGUAAUCCUUCCAUUAUACAUCAAUAUCAGUUACUCUGCAUUUUCUAGGAAAUGCCUUGAUCUUCUUCUUUGUCC